CAUCGCUGCUGGUCUCAUUCACCAGUUAUAGACGAACUUUAUCUGUAACCUGGCACAGAGUCGGAUUGCGAGUCUGUCGCCAUGGCUUCCAUGCUACACAAUUUCGUCGACGUCGACCAGUCCAAAGCCGCCGAUCAUCAUGAUGAAGGCACCAGAGCACUAACGGAACCUGCCAAAGUUUUAUCGAGAACGUAUCCAGGGGCACCAGAAUCCAUCGAGCUGCCCAGGAUACCCUCUCACCAUGUUGAACCGCCAGGCCCAGCGAACCCUCGUCGCGAGACCGACCUAGAGAUGUCUCGUCCAUCCACGCCCGUCGAUAUCACCGCUGAAACUGUCCCAUCUGUCUGGGACCCAUACAUGAAUCGCUUUCGACUGCUUGUCGUAUGCGCCUUCAGCCUGGGCAACGGCAUGGUAGACAGCGCGGCCGGUGCCCUCAUCCCGUACAUGGAGAAGUACUACGACAUUGAGUAUGGCGUCGUCUCGCUCAUCUUUGUCGGCCAGAGCCUCGGCUUCAUACUCAGCGCCGUCUUGCUCGAAACUUCUCGUGCCAAGCUGGGACGCGCAAAGACCAUUGCGCUCGGCCAAGCCCUCAUGAUACUGGGCUACAUCCCUUUGAUCUGCAACGCACCCUGGGUCGUCAACGUUCUGUCAUUCAUCCUCAUCGGCUACGGUCUGGCCGUCAACGUCGCCAUGGGUAACAUAUUCUGUGGCGGGUUGCAGAACUCGACGUUUCAUCUCGGCUUGCUCCACGGCAGCUACGGUAUCGGUGGCACGACGGGUCCCCUGAUCGCCACGGCCAUGAUGACCAUUGCGCAGACCAUCUGGAGUCGGUUCUACCUCAUCCCAUUGGGCUUCGCCGUCUUCACGCUCGGCGGGUCGCUCUGGUCGUUCUGGAACUUUGAGAAGGAGCAGUCGCCUGCUGCGCGCGCUGCCGAGUCCCCGGCGGUGACCGAGUCCGUGAUUCUGGGCAUGGCGCGCGCCCUCAAGACCAGAAUCGUACUGCUGGGCGCGCUCUUCAUCUUUGCCUACCAAGGUGCUGAGGUCAGUAUCUCUGGCUGGGUCAUCUCCUUUUUGAUCAAUGCCCGUGGAGGUGAUCCGUCCACCGUUGGAUACGUGUCCUCUGGCUUCUGGGCGGGUAUCACCCUCGGUCGUUUCCUCCUCUCGGGGCCCGCCAAGCGGAUCGGCGAGAAACGAUUCGUGUACUUCUCGACCAUCAUGGCGCUCCUCUUCCAGGCCCUGGUAUGGGCGGUGCCCAAUGUUGUCACCAACGCCGUGGCUGUGUCCAUUGUUGGUCUCAUGCUGGGCCCAAUCUAUCCGUGCUGCGCGGCGGUCUUUAUGCGCAAACUGGCUCGGAGUGAGCGUCUGAGUGGCAUGGCGACUAUCAGUGCCUUUGGCAGCCUUGGGGGUGCCAUGGCCCCCUUUGUGACGGGAUUGCUGGCGCAGGCUGUCGGAACCUUUGUGCUGCAUCCCAUUGUCAUCUUCCUGUUUCUGGUCAUGCUGCUCUGCUGGUGGGCGAUCCCAGCAGAGGUGAAGAGGGAUGAGUAGGCCGUCAUGGCGCCAGUGCAAAGGAGCGCAAAGGAGUGCAAAGGAGCACCACAGAUACCGAACGGUGGUCAUUAUGGAAGCGGACACUGUUCAAAAAUUAAUUGGCACAAGCAAGAAUGAGUUAAAAGUGAGGCCGUGUGGGAAUGAAAGAAGUAAUGAGAUCGUGAUUCGCCCUCUUCCAAGUCUAUCCAAAUGCGCAGAAGCUUCUAUCAGCCUUUUCUA